AUGACUUCACCACCACCACUCCUCCCAUUCUACACCUCCGGUGAGUUCCACGCACCACCCCUCCACGUGAACCCACUCUACAUCCUAGGGUUCCUCGCCACCACAAUCAGCACCUCCUUCAUAAUUUACCUUGCUUACAUCCACAAUGACACCCCAAUGCUCUUCUUCACCUCCUUCAUAUAUGUAUUUUACUUUUCCGUCGACUUCGCCCCUCUCCCACCUGCUCCCUCGGCGCGUGCCAUCCACUUCAGGCUCUUCCUCUGGGCGCUUCUCAACGCCACCAUAUUUGCAUUGGCGUGUUCGUUCUGGUCCGUUUUAACGCUCCCUGACAGUAUGUGCUUCUUGUGGGUGGUGAUAGGUGGCAGCGCGUUGCUGUUGAGCGCGUGGAGCGGGGAGAGUAACUUUGUUGCGAAAAAGGAACAGUCGUUUGGCCCGAUAAUGUUGAUGUUUUUGGGUCUGGGGAGACGCUAUGUGACAACUCAACUUAUCCUGCACGCCGCCAUCAUGAAUGCAAGGAAGCUCGUUAGACCAAGGAACGACAACAGUGUGGUGAAUACUAAAAUAUUAAGUUUCUCAUGA